AUGUCUAUGUUCAACGCUCUCAAUUCAAACAUCGAAGGUGAACAGUACGAGGCAGAGGAACACUCGAGGGAGCUCCAAAUCGAACAGAGUUUUAAUAUUCUACAGGACGCUCUAAUUGAUCUAAAGAACAAGGACUUCGAAAAGUCGGACAGCAAGUUUCAAGAGCUCUUUCAAAUUGAUGUCGUUAAGCCUGAUAGGUGGGGUAUGUACCGCAAUUCCUCUCCUACGUUAGAUAAUCUCCGAUAUUUAUGUUAUAGGAACAGAGGGAUGUACUAUCAUCUAUAUUUGGAGAAUUAUUAUGAAAGUUUGAACUCACAGGAAUUAGUUAAUUGCAUUUUAAAAGCAGUUGAGAACUUGGUUGAGUCUAUUCAACAUAGCGAUGCUGAUUUUGCAGUUACAGACUUACUGGCUCGCAUUUUCAAGAGCUUCAAUAGUGUCAAAUUAGAACGUUUAAUUUCAGAGUAUGAAUUCACUAAAGAGGAGAAUCUAUCACUUUUGUUGGGCCGACACCGUAAAUUUCUUUUGAACGAUUUGACUCUGAUGAUGAAUAACUACAUAGACCUCACGAAUAAACUACUAGUCCCCAACUUAUCAGAUAACACUAUCUUUGAGAGAUAUCAUUUGGAGAAGUACAAGGAUAUUAAGCCGGAGCCAUUAGCUUUUGGUCCAAUUCUUUCCAGAAUAUCAGAAAUGAAAAAGCAAGACGAAGAGAUUAUGAAGAAGCUGGACGUAUUUAAUGUCACACUGAAUGAAGAAUCAUGGGAUGAAGUUGCAAAGGCCUUAAAAAACUUACUACCCAGCUUUAAAAUAUCAUCUCUUAUCGGUAGGUAUUUGGAUCCGUAUAACGAAAUUGAAGAACCUAUCGAGGCGGUUAAGUUUGAAUUAUCCGAACCAAUUAAUAAUACACCAUCUUUAGACAAAGACUUCGAACGGCAAGAAGAGGAGCAAGAUAAAGAGGGUGUACGAGCGGACGAUAAGAGUGGAAAUUUAGCACCAUUGGAAAUCCAAGCUGAUGAAGAAGCAAGACCCAUUAAGAGACUCGAUGAACAUGUCGAUACCACGAAGCCUCUUCAGAGAAGUAGUAAACGUUUCAAAGAAAGAGAACAAGAAAACACAAAAGAGCUUGUUAUGGAUGUUCAUAAGAAAUUUUUUGCUGAGUUCAACACGUUAUUGUCGUAUGUCCAUAUUCUACCCUUUUGUGAUUUUGAAACAUUUUCCUCCAAGUUUAUCAUGGGCCCUGGUGGUAAACAACCCGAGAAAUUCAUUCCCUAUACUGAUCUCUAUGAAUGUUUGAAAUCUUGGAGUAGUAGAUAUACUGAUAUUUUUAACCAAAACGACUACCUAUCCAGUGGUUCUAACGAAAAUGAGGAAUUAUUCCAACUAAACGCACUCUUGAAAUCUAAUGCGUUCGACGAUAAAGAGAGCUUUCCUAGAUAUUUAAGUGACCUGGACUCGGAACACAUCAGAUCUUUUAUUUCCGAAGUGAAUACAGGCAAUCUUCACUUUCAUCAAGUGCGUUUGAAAUUAUUAUUCAAGUUACUUGGAACUUAUGAUGAAGGAAAUGAAAGACGUCUCAUCAUAGACUACCUUUGGGAGCCUCAGCUUCUAAAAAAUGUUUUAUGGUUUGUUUUUGGAAUCGAGUCAAACGUUUUUGCGCUUAUUGACAAAAACAAAAAGAAAUGCAAAUAUUUAGCUUUGUCGAUUUACGAACUGCUUGUUAACCAUUUAGGAAAUAUUGUGGAGGAAAUUACAAAUAAGCGGAUUCAAGGACACAAGUCAGCAGACCUAAAAAGCCAAAGAAACAAAGUCGAGAAAAGAAUAAGAUCAUGGCACACUCUACUAGAACAAAUUGCAGAGGAAAAAGAUACAAAACUUUAUGUGCAUUUUCAUUGGACGCAUUACUGUUUCUUGCAAUAUACCUGUGAUAUCGUUGAUAGCAGGCUUUCUGAAACGUUAACAUCUUUAGAAAAUACCAUAAAGGACUCAGAUUCUUCUUUAGACAUUGCAUAUCCAAAUUACCGUCAUAUACCGGCAUUAAACCUAAACACUGUCCAAUCCCAGAAAAGGAAAAUAAGAAUAAUACAAAACAUAACAGUUGAAGAUAUCUCCGAAGACGCAAACUCUGACAGUCAUUCAGAAAAUCAUCUAGAAACCCUAGAACGAGUCCUUUUACAUAUAUUAUAUCCUUCAACCAAUCAGUCAACUAUUGAUGAGGAAAUGGUUUCCUUCAUCUUCAACUCGCCAUUCCUACUGAAAAUUAGACUCUGGGGAGUUCUCUUUUCAUCAUAUGUUAAAAAAUCCAGUAUACAGGAUGUUCAAAGAAUUUAUUUUCACGUGCUUGAUUUUAUGAAGGGCGCAUUAACGUCACCUAUCUACAAGGAAUCGAACCCGCAUGCAAGGCACCAAAUGUUAUUGACAGUGCUGACGGCAAUCGGCUAUUUCUCGAGCCAACUGAUCAAGAUUUUAAACUCAAAUAGAUGGGAAGGUAGCGAUUUCAUGUUAGAGGACCGUAUGUUUGAAAAGCUACUGCAAACGUUCUUCUUCUUUUACACCGUUCUUUUCUAUGAAAGCUCUGCAGCUAACGACGUCUCUAAUAAGUCGUUUUUCAAGAGGGCUUCGAAAUCAUCAGGAAAAAUGAAGGACAUAAUGAUAGAUCUAGCGACAUUGAUACUUUAUUAUUAUGAUAUUCAGGCAAAGUGUAGAACACCUGCUGAACAAGGUAUUGAAACAACGGAAGUGAUUUGGUCUUUACAUACUCUUUUUGGAUAUUUUCAUUUUUGUGAUGCAUCAAAUGGCAAGUUUCUAGAUUUAGCUGAAAAACUGCUGUGCCAGUUCAUUAACAAUGAUUCAUUUUUACAGUUGAAGCAAAUACUAUGGUGUAGAUACCAUUACACGAUAGCUAGUGAUAACUUUAGCCCUGAUUUGCAUGACACAAAAGCGGUAGAGAUGGAAAAGAUACACUCUUUGCCUUUAGGAACUUACCUAAUCAAAUUACAGUAUCAAAACAAGAAUCCUUACCUUUCGUCGUCAAAGACCACUCUAAAGCAGAUCAUGGAUAAUAUUAUAGAAAAAAUUGGUGACCCAUCAACACUGGAUAAUCACAUCAUAUCUAGAAACUCAUUUCUAUUAAAUGAAUAUUUAUCAAGGCCAAUAACGGCGGAUUUGUUGAAGCAUGCAUUUUCUGGUGCUACAAGCUUGUAUUUAACUACGCCGCACGACGAGUUACAACAAGGUAUGACAGCUGGUUUGUUCUAUGUAUCCAGCUUACAGUCCUUGGGUUUGUACAAAAUGAGAAAGAAGUCUAUGCAAGCAAGACCUUCUGAAUUAGACUCCAUUAUCAGAAUGUUAAAGAAUGAUAUUAUAUACAACACGAACCGUUUUGAAAGCUGGAUACUACUCGGAAAGUGCUACAGUUAUAUAGUUGAAGAUGAUUUGAUUUGGACUUCAGAUAAGAUCACGGUCCCUGAGAAAAAAGACGUUAUUGCUCUGACACAACGAAAGGCAAUACUGUGCUAUUUAAUGGCCAUUUCCAUUUAUUAUAGUAAGUCAGGUCGAACCAUUGACGAUAAAAAGAUUAUAUUGGAAGCAUUAGAUGAUUUAGGGUCUAUGCUUAUUAGCGGUUGCUUUAAUCCCAUGAAUAAACUCUGUUUUAGCUGGAAAAGUUGCGCUGAAAAUACAAUGAGAUUGUCUGAGACUGGGGAGGUAGUAAUGGAAAAAACAAAGAAAAUCACUACAAUCUCAGAUUUUAACAUCGAGCAAAGUAUAUUUUUGUGUUUCAAUAAAGCUUGUUCUCUAUCUGGCGAUAUCAAGUUACAAGACGAUGCAUUCGUGUUAAACUGGUCUAGCUUUUACAGCCUGGCUAAGUUUUUUUUCAAAACAGAUUACGGGAACAAUUGUAAACUAGUCGCUAGGUAUAUUAUUCAAAGUUGCCAAAUAGCGUAUGAGUCAUCCCCUGCUAAAGAUCCAAUCAUAGAACCUCAUUAUCUAUUAGUUAAUGCCUGUUACAAGUGGGUAAAGAGAGGCGUCAUAGGUGUUAAUGAAGCUUUUGCUUUACUGUCAAAAGAUAACCAAUUUUUUCAGGAACAAGGAGAAUUUUGGCUUAACGACGAAGGUCUUGCAUGGGAUUACCAAGAAAAAGUUUUUUUUGACAAGAUCAUAAGACUACUUCACCACUUACUAUCUGUAGACAAGAAAAAAUGGCAGCAUAGACCUCGUUACAGAAUAGCACGCAUAUUGUUUGACGAUUUUGGUGAUGUGGACGGCGCUUUGAAAGAGAUGGAUAGCUUAAUAUCCGCAAAAAGCAUAAACAAAAACUUGGUCAAUAUAUGGAAACCAGAUUUUGAAAGGCCAGGGAAGCAUUUCAUCUAUACGUAUCAGUAUCUGGUUUUGUAUUUGGAUUUGCUUUUCGCCAUAAAAGAUUUCAAUACAACAGGUCUUGUUAUAAAAAAGCUAAGGCGUUUCGGUUCUGGAACGGUGAACAUAAACGAGCUUUUAGAACGUGCCAUUAACGUGUAUACGCAAAGUGCCAAAAUUAAGUUGCAAUUACAAGACAAGAGCUAUGUGGAGCAGAUCCUUCCCACACUUAACUACCAAGAUUUUCUGAAGAUUAGUGAACAACUAAACCGAGUUUUCGAUCAAGGCAAGCACCCCGAAGAAAUAUCUUCUGGGUUAAAACUUGCAUUUCAGCUGAAGAAGGGGCAUAGCGGGAUUGCCUUUGACAGCGUCUGCUUGGGCAUUUAUUUCGAGUAUCUCUAUUUUCCCUUAGCUCGACAGCAUCAAUCUCUCACAGACGCGAACGAUGAGGGCAGUCCAGUACCACCAUCUUCAGGUUCUGUGACAUCAAAGAGCACUCCAGACUCUACUUCCAAGGCAAGUGCAAUAAAGAAACGUGUUACAAAGAAGGAAGUCUUCGAUAGAGUGAGACUAUUAGUGGAUAAGAUCACGUGA